AUGUCUGACAACAUAUUCGUAAAAUAUAUAAAGAUUGUCAAUGAACGUAAUGGUGCUAUCGCUAUUCGUGGACAAGUUUUAAUACAAAAUUCUUGUAAAGAAGAAAAAACAGUCACAAUAGAGUACACUACUGAUUCAUGGGACACGGACUAUCGGGUGAAUGCAACUUGGUCAUGCGCCUCUAAAGAAUUCUUUUUCGAUUAUACUACCGAUGAUAAUUAUUCAAAUAAUUCAAAUAAUUCAAUUGAUGAAGAACGUAAAAAAUUAGAUGAAAUACGCAAGCAAUUAGAAAAUGAACGUAGAAAAUUAGAUGAAAAUGAAGAAUUUACACGUAGACAACUGGAAGAAGAACGUAAACAAUUGGAAGACGAACGUAAUCAAUUAGAUGAAGUACGUAAACAAUUAGAUGAAGAGCGUAGGCAAUUAGAAAAACAAGUGAUGGAAAUAAACUACAAUGAGAAUAAUACAAAUAGCAGUUCUUCUCAAUUGUCUAACAGCAUAUUCGUAAAAUCAAUAAAGAUUGUCAACGAUUCUAAUGGUGUUAUCGAUUUUCAGGGGCAGGUUGUGGUACAAACUUGUGGUUCUGACAAAUCUGUAACAAUAGAAUACACUACCGAUUCAUGGGUCACGAACAAUCGCGUAAUUGCAACUUGGUCUCAUACUCUUUCUUCUGAACAAGACUCGUAUUAUUUUAUGAUCUCUGUUUCUAAAAGUUCUAGCUUACCACUAUAUCUUGAAUUUAUGGCUCAAUGUAAUGUCUCUGGUUUCGUCUUAUGGACUAAUAGUUAUGAAUAUUUAUAUGAUGUGGGAACUCCUAAAGAACUUUUUUUCAAUGAUACUUUCAACGAAAAUUAUAUCGAUAGUUUCUUCCUUCAGAAUAUAUCAGAUGACGAAAAAAAAGAAUGUUCAAUAUGUACUGAAAAUGUUGAUAUUAAAGCCUUUUUGAAUGUUACGGAUUUAUGCUGUCACGAUAGUAACAUAUGUCGUGAGUGUAUCGGUGAAUAUAUCAAACAUGAACUUGAGGAUAAAGGAAAUAUCAAUAUUUCAUGUCCGUUAGAAGAUUGUCAUGAGAUUUUGCGAGAACAGGAUGUGAAAGAAUUUACCAGCGAAGAUGUGUUUGCAAAAUAUGAACGACUUAUGAUAAAUUUUGUUUUAUCACAAAUUCCUACUUUUCAAUGGUGUUUAAAUCCAAAUUGUGGAUCGGGUCAAGAUCAUUAUCAAGGAGAGAAUGUUCCGAUAAUGACUUGUAAUGCUUGCGGCCAUAAAUCCUGUGUCGUGCAUGGAACUCCAAUUUCCGAUGGAU